AUGACCUCUUCCGAUCUCCAACCUCCUCUCGAUACGGCCCGACAUAUUCGUUACUGGCAACGAUGUUUUCGUUCUGUACUCCCUCACCACUAUGUGAGCAAUGAUAGUAUCCGUCUCACCCUCGGAUUCUUCAUAGUCGCCGCUCUCGACCUCCUAUCCUCGUCUUCCUCAUACUCCGAACCUCCAAAGGAUCCCCUGAAGGCUUCUCUUAUAAGUCGAGAAGACCGUGCCAACCUGAGAGCCUGGGUACUGUCACUACAACAUCCGCAAGGUGGUUUCUGCGGUUCACCUCACCAUGUCCUACCGGCAAAGUAUACCACCAAGUGGGAUGCUACGAACAAUGUUGAAUCUGCACUAGACCCGGCCAAUGCCAACAUAGCUGCUACCUACUUUGCCCUACUUCUGCUAGGUAUUUUGGCCGAGGAUGACGGCUCUAAAGCAUUCGAGGGAGUGAACCGCAUAAAAACUCUACGCUGGCUUAAAACGUUGCAAAGGGACGACGGAAGCUUUGGCGAAAUCAUUGACGAGGAUGGGUAUGUAGGGGGAGGAAGGGAUAUGCGGUAUUGUUACCUGGCUGCUACCAUAAGGUGGGCUCUUGCAGGAGCUGAGACGGGUGAGGACUUUAAUGUCGAUGCUCUUGUAGCGCACAUACGACGAGGGCAAACUUUCGAUGGUGGUCUAGGCGAGAGUUCGACACAUGAGAGUCAUGCUGGAUAUGUGUACUGUGCUGUAGCAGCGCUAUCCAUUCUUGACCUCACCAACCCAAAUGCGGCUUCGGAACCGGACCGGUACCUUCGAGCCGGUAUUCCCUCCAUCCCGUCUUUAGUCCAUUUCCUAGCUUGCCGCCAAUUUGACUACCUUGAACCCGAUUCCGAUGACGAAAGUGAUGAAUCUAAAAACCACCCACUACCCGAUCUAUCUACUUUAGAUGUAUCAGACGCACCUCAAAUAGCUGGCUUUAAUGGUCGUUUGAAUAAGGUUGCCGAUACGUGCUAUACGUGGUGGGUUAGCGGCACCUUGUUCAUGCUCGGCGAAAGCCAGGUCAUCGAUCGCGGUCCUGCCAGGAAGUUCAUACUAGAGAAGACGCAACACAUGAUUGGCGGAUUUGGUAAAUAUCCUGGUGCCCCUCCCGAUGUAUACCACGGAUACUUAGGACUCGCUGCCUUGGCGACGUUGGCUAAUGCCGAGGGUGACGAGAAAAAGGAGGAAGGCAUAGGAAGAUUCGACCCACGUCUAUGCAUAGGAAUCGAAGCCUCCCAAAGGGUCAAUAAGGCUCGGGAGGCGUUAUUAGCUUCUUCCGAAGACGAUGAUAGCGACGAUGAAUGGAUACGUGAGACUGAAAAGAUAAAAAAGGAACUCGACUGGGAUAAUACCAGAGAAACUAUUGCACGACUAGAAGCUAAGUGGAAGGCCGAGGGCAAGAUACCUAUUCAUGAGAUGGAUAAGUGGAAUCCUCUCCACCCGCCGAAGCUGGACGAGUUGGACGCCUAA